AAAAAUAAAUACAGAACACAUGAUCCAGUCUCUCUCGUGAGAGUGUUUUUGAAAGCUGAAAGCGUGACGAUAUCCUCACAGCAAGUGCAUACUUACACGUGUACACAUACAUACAUACGUACAUACAAGCAUCAUGAAUACCCAAGUUGUACUCAAGACUAAAUUCCCAUCUCUGCCCUCUGACUGGGAUGUGGGUACCUCCUUCAAGAAGCACACAGCUCUCUCGAAGUGUAAGGAUGCCACUAUCGAACCCGCUGGUCGAUGGUAUGAGGCGUAUGCCAACCGUAGACGCCGUGGUCGCACACUGUCUCAGGACGAAGAGGAAGCGCUAGCGGCGCAUUUGGCCGAGGCUGAGUUGGGUGCAGAAAGUGAGGGUGAAGAUGAGAUGAUUGAUGAUGUGGAUGGUAACGAUUUCAAGGGCAUUGACCCGGCGGACUGGAAGGAGAACGAUCAGUACAAGAUCCUCGGUCUGGGCCGUCUGCGUUACAAGGCCAAUGACGAGCAGAUCAAACAGGCAUACCGCAAGGCCUGCCUCGCUCACCACCCCGAUAAGAAGGCACGCUUGACCAACGGAAUGGACGAUGACGCGAUCUUCAAGGGUAUCAAGCUGGCGUACGAUACGCUCACUGCACCGGCGCGCAGGCGUGCGUGGGAUAGUGUGGACCCAACCUUUGACGAUAGUUUCCCCGCGCAGAAGAAGGGUCUGAGCGCCAAAGAGUUUAUUAAGCGAUACUCGAAGGUGGUGGAGGACAACUCCCGAUUCUCAACGAAACAACCGGUUCCCGGUCUAGGCCUAGUGGAGGCCACUCGCGCGGAGGUGGAGGCGUUCUAUAACUUCUGGUACGACUUUGAUAGCUGGCGCGAGUUCAGCUGGAACGAUAAGGAGGAUGUGUCAUCGGCCGAUAUCAGUCGAGAUGAGAGACGCUACAGAGAUAAGAAGAACGUAGCCGCCCGAAAAAAGGCUAAGAAGGAGGACAACCAGCGCAUGACCAAGCUGGUGGACGCCAUCUUCCACAGUGACCCGCGCCUGGCGGAGAUCAAGGCCAAGGAGAAGGCUGAGAAGAACAAGGGUGCCAAUGCCAAGGCUGCUCAACUAGCCAAGGAGAAGGAGGAAGCGCGUAUCGCGAAGGAGGCUGCCGAUAUACAAGCGGCUAAAGAAGCGGAGGCUGCCAAGUCUGCCGCUGGCGACAAGAAGAAAUCUAAGGAAGCCGCCAAGAACAAGAUUAAGAAGGCCCGUCAGGCCGUGAGGAAAGCGUGCAAGGAGAACAACUACUAUAUGCCCGAGGGAACCAGUCUGGACGAGACGGAGGAGCGCAUGUCUCACAUGGAACUGCUGUGUUCAAAGCUGACUGUAGAUGAGUUGGAGGCAUUGGUGGCCAAUGGGUUAGACGGCGAGUCAUUCGCCAAGGCUGUGGAAAGCCAGGGCGCUACUGCCAAGAGGUAUUAAAUCUAUUAAUAGAUGUUAGAAAUCUAUUUAUAGUCGUGGGUGGAUGGGUUGUAAAUGGUGCUGUGCUGGAUCGUACACACUGUACUGCGCGCACGUUACAGGAUACGCUGGUGGGGUAAGUAGGUAGAAUAGCGUAAACUCUUCUUUUAAUAGAUGUUAGAAAUCUAUUUAUAGUUGUGGGUGGAUGGGUUGUAAAUUGUGCUGUGCUGGAUCGUACACACU